AUGACGUCUCGCUAUCGUGUCGAAUAUGCGCUCAAGACCCAUCGCCGCGAUCAAUUGAUUGAAUGGAUCAAAGGCCUCCUGGCCGUGCCCUUUGUGCUGCAUUCGCAGCCCACCACCAUCUAUCACGAAAAUAGCGAGGGCCUCAAGACCGUCGCUGCCGACACCCACCAGCGCUAUGCGGAGAUCAUGCGCGAUGUCGAGAACCUGAUCCUCGACCACAUCCACCACACCCGUCACAACGAGCCCGGAAAGUCCAAACUCAAGCUGCUCGUGCCGUCUAUCGGCACAUUCUUUACUCGGUUGUAUAUGGAAGAUGCAUUCAAGUAUCAGGAUGCACAGCGAUUCAUCAGCCGGCGGCGAUUUGUCGCCCCCUCCUUCAACGACAUCCGUCUGAUCCUGAACACAGCCCAAAUAUUGGCCUUGGUCCGCUCCAGCGGGGUGAAACUGGUCACCUUUGACGGGGAUGUGACGCUCUAUGAGGACGGGGCUUGUCUGACAAUCGAUAACCCCGUCAUCCCGCGAAUCCUGCGUCUGCUCCAGCUAGGCUGCAAGGUUGGCAUUGUCACCGCAGCCGGGUACAGUGAUGCACCCAAGUACUAUGGAAGGCUACAAGGUCUCUUGGAUGCUGUGCACGACUCACCCACUCUCACCCCCGAGCAGCGCCGGGGUCUUGUUGUGAUGGGAGGUGAGAGUAAUUUCCUGUUUCGAUUCGACCAAGCCUCGGAGGAUCGGUUGGCUUAUGUGCCACGGAGUGAGUGGUUGCUGGAUGAGAUGCGGGCUUGGCACGACGACGACAUCACUGAGCUGCUGGACAUUGCCGAGUCCGCUCUACGUGCUUGCGCCACGAACCUGCAACUCCCGGCUGCGGUGCUGCGCAAAGAUCGCGCUGUCGGUGUCUACCCACUGGAGGGACAGAAGAUGCAUCGCGAGCAGCUGGAGGAGACGGUUCUGGUGGCCCAUAACACCGUCGAACGAUCAGCAGUCGGGUCGCGGCUGCCAUUUUGCGCUUUCAACGGUGGCAACGACGUCUUUGUCGAUAUUGGCGACAAAUCCUGGGGCGUGCGCGCCUGCCAGCGGUACUUUGGCGGCAUCUCCCCGUCUGAUACCUUACACAUCGGAGAUCAAUUCCUGUCGGCUGGAGCUAACGACUUCAAGGCUCGUCUUGCGUCUGCCACCGCGUGGAUUGCCAGCCCAGCUGAGACCGUCGACCUGCUUGAUGAGUUGGAGAAGGCCGCGUGA